UUCAAAUGCAAAAACAAACUCGGUGAUUCCCAAAACUCUCGCCCGAAAACAUUCGAAAUUUUUGGAGGGCGGCAAGCUAUCGAAUUCGCAAAGCCUCGAAGAGCUUCACAGAGAUUCAAGUUCUUGAUGGAUCAUCAAGCUGAUCCAGUGAUGAGUGUGAGGUUUUUGAAUCUCAAGAAGUCCUUUCAACUCGGCAUUCGAGCUCUCCUCACUGCUUUCUCCAAGGAGGAAGUAAUCAAAGCAUUUCCAUCGUUAACUGAUGCCCAGAGAGAAAGUUUAUAUCGCAUGUUCAUUCAGGCUAUCAAAUCCUUGCAUGCGAACAUUGAGGAGGAAUUUGAAUCCAUUUGCCAUGAAACUCAGGUCAGUAAAAUUCUGGCUAUGAUAGAGCAACUUGUGGAAGAGCAAAGCCUUGACAUGCUAUCUAUGGAUAAAGAAAAUGUAGCAGAUAUCAAAGAGAAGAUCUCAAAAGUAAAGAAGGAUGAAGCUCAAUACCUGACGAGUAUGCUAGAAAAGGCCGAAGAACAAAACAUUGCACUGAGAGCUCGCAUCGAAACUCUGAAGAAGCAGCAGAAUAAUGGUUAUGCAUCAGCAGAUAUUGUUGAGAAGUUGAGAAGCUGGAAUUCAAAUUAUGAAAGUUUCAGCUGAGCUGCAGAUCUUAUCACUAGUUGUUCUUUAUAUAUAUAUUGAUGAAAAAACAUGCUAAACUGUAAGAGCUAUACUCAGAAUUUUCAGUUGAAGUUGUAUGAAAAAGUUGUGGUAGCUUUGGUGUACCUUAGGAUCGAUUAACUCAAUGAGAUGAUGAUCGAAUGAAUUGGGAUAAGGAUUAGUUGCAUACACUGAUGACAAACUGAGCCAUUGCAUGUAAUUCUAACGGUUUGCAAC